AUGCAGUCUGAAGAACACUCCAACGGUCAGAAUGGGCUCGAUCCCCUUUCAGCCUCUUCCGGCAAUGCUCGAUCAUUUGGCGGCGGGGUGCAGGAGGGGGUCGAAAAUCAGCAUCCUCUUCCGGAGCUCAAUGUUGGUCUAUCGAUGACACAGGAAUUGCAGUUCCCUAGUCCUCUGAUCAAACUUGGUUCCAAUGAUACUUCAACCAACUUGGCAUUUGGCCGAAAGCCGAGGCGACACCCACUGAGACCUCACCGGUCGAAGCCCUUGACUCAAGCAGACCGCCCAUAUCUGACUCAUCCCAAGUACCUGGAAUAUCGAUCACGGCCUAGGCAGGAUAUCGGGCCGGACGGAAAGCCAAUCUGGCCUGAUCGCAUUGAGGCUGCUUUUCAGAAUGCAUUAGUACACAUCAAGCCAAUGGGACGGAAGAAAUGCUCUCAGCGCGGAAGACCCUAUGGACGAAACAUGCUCAUUGCAGAGUGGAUCUAUCGGGAGACUGGUGAGGUUCGUGUACGCAAGCAAGUUUCUAGCCACAUCCAGGUCCUCGAUCGAUUCCUCAAAGGAAUACCAGAAUGGGAUUGCUUGAUCAAGCCCGGCGAUGACGAAGAUACCAGCCCAAUCGAAGGGCGCAAGUUCUAUCAUAAUUCGAUUGAACACAUGGUCAACGAACAAAAGGCUAUAAAGAGCGAGAUACACCAACAAGGAGAAUUCCAAGCAGAUGAUCCAGUGGACGGGGAUACUCCUAUGCAAGCAGUUAGCUCAGACAUCAUCCAUCUCCAAAGAUUGACUUUCGAGAUGUGGGUCAGUCAACCCGAUGACUGGGAGCACGCCUUGCAUCACUAUACUCGACUGCAACCCUUCAAACUGGAGCCUCUUGCUUUGGAGGAUGUUCCCGGCUGGCAGGCGGCGUUUCCUCACCUUCCGCCCAUCAUUGAAACUUGGACGAAUGGGAAUCAAUGCGAGCUGAUACUACUCAACGCUAGCUUCCAGCUAAUGGAGGACUUUCCUCCUCGGCACUCCAAGCUCGGGAUCGGCCUGGAACUGGAUUUCCUGGAUCAGCAUUGGUCGGCAACAUCACACUUGGACGACUUGAAAGAUUGGACCUGUGUUACUCACAUGUACCGCGAUGGCCUUGAGAUCUCCGCACCGACCCACGAAGAAUGCCGGGCUUCUGGUCCAGGCAAGAUUAAACCAUUCUUCCAGUCAAGAUGGUGGGCCACCUCAUUCACAUCACUUACAGAAGCCAAAAGACUGGCAGAAGAGUCUAAGGACUUGGGAGCUAUCGAACUUGCGCAUCAGCUCUCUAGUAACUUUCUCGGCGGUCUGACCAUCAUGCAGGAACUAUCUGCACUUGACACCAGGCCUGGGCGGUAUGGCGAGAAGUACACUCGAAGGUCGCGGCGAAGAACGGCUGUUCUUCUCUGGAGAUUCUCUCAGGCUCCUCUCGGGAGCGGCGGGACAACCACCUGGCAGUCUAUAUGGGUGCCUCCUUUGAACAACCUGGCCACGACCAGCACCGUACCAUCCGCCGAAAUGGGACUGCCGCCAUUGUCCGUGCAUUCCGUGGAUGACUAUUCGCCUAAUGCUGUCUCUUUUGACAGCAGCAGUCAGUUCCUGUCACAAAAUAGUCUCCCGUACCAUAUGUAUCUGGGGCCGAUGGACGAAGAACUCUGUCAGGAUGGAUUCAUGGCAUUCAAGCCUGGUCCGGUUGCGGACUCGGGGCAUCUAGGAUCGUCAUACUCUUUCCCAUCGACUCAAGGGUUUCUUCCAAGCUGUGAGCUCGGCUCUCUGACCUCAAAUCUCGACAUAGCUCAUAGCAAUCUGCACGCUGUUAGUGGCAAUGGAGAUGACUCCAUGGAGUCGGCCAAUGUCUUCGAGCUUCCUGAGCUGGAGGGACACAUGAACGCCCAGUCAGACACAUCCUCCAUGAAAGAGCCGCGGCAUCCAUUGACAAGAUUCAAUAUUCAGACUCACCAAGUAUUGCAAGAACAGCUUGGCUCUGAGGAUCACAGUGUGACACAGCCGCUGCCUGACAUUGAACCAGAUUCCAAUUUGCCGCCCUCGGGAACAACUGAUGAGCAUUCCUGGAACGAAUUUCACCGGGAAAAUGGCUAUUCAAACCUUUCAGCGGAAUCGCCGCCGACCAAACUCCCAGUUCCGUCGUGGGUAUCCAUUGACGAGCAAGACCAAGCCCUGCAUUCAGCCCUGCUAGCAGCAUGCGCCAUGAGCGAUCUAAGAGUACCACCCCAGGGGACACCACCAGGUCAUCGAGGACAUGGCAAUUGCAAACUUGAGUUGCCCGAUGAACCUCAAUGUGGGUCACCAUCGAUGUUCCGGCCCACACUGCAUAGCCAUCACAGUUUUCCUGGCAUUCGGAGCAUGCAAGGUACGAAUGGUGAAAGUUGUGGGCUGCCAUUCGAUGAGCACGAUGGUGCACAUGGGCUAGCUUUGCUACAAUCCCAGCUUCGUCAGAACGGGGAAUGUCAGGUCUUCGCAUCAAUGGUACCAGACGAGCUUCACAGAGUGGGUGGUAGCUACAGUGGUGGUACACGAGGCCUACCUCGCGCUCAGAGUGAACCUGACCCUGGACCCAUGAGACUGGCGGUCCCGACCCCUGCGGUGGGGUCAGGUCUGAUGGAGAUCAAUCAGAGACACCACGAGACUGAAGAGAUGGAAGAGAUCUUGCGAAGUCGGCACCAAGGGGAAUCCCCAGCUGCCCUCGACUGA